AUUGUUGUGUAAAAGAAUAUUGUUUUCCAUACACAUGUUUAAAUCGAAUACUACAAAGCCCAUGCAAGAUAUAUAUAAAUUCAACCGUAUAUAAUAAAGAAAUAUCCUACAAUUCAGACCAUACGUUUAACAGUAUACUUCAACUAGCACAACAAUCAACAUGAUCAGUAUGAUUCAGACCAAUGUGGCCCUCGUAGCUAUUUUCUUUCUCCUGUUUGCACUUAGACGAACUCGUAAAACCAUCAUGAACCCCAUAGACUACAUCUUAUUAACAGUCGGCGGUAACGUGAGACGUCGAACAAACAGCUAUACCAUUAACGACAUCUGUAAAGACGACAACAGUAUCAUUGAUAUUCCAGAUAAAAUUCAACCUGAUAGCAUGGUAACGGUUGACUUGUUAACAAAUGAUGAGACUAUCGUUGACAUGUCCAGUACCUGUUGCCAAUCUACAGAUACUAUGGACAACAACCUCGUAAUGGAUCAUCAGAAAAAAAUUGUAGAUGACAGAUCACCAGAGUUAAAGAAAAUUCACGUUCAGAACUACACCACCAGUUUGUUUGCUGGAUUUGCGGAAGAUUAUGAAACCGAUUCCGGAUCUGACUCUGGCGGUGAAAAUCACUGUGUGGAUGACAGCUCAUCCGAGUUGAAAAGAGUUCACGUUCAGAGCUACACCAGUCUUUUUGCGGGAUAUGCGUCGGACUAUGAAACCGAUUCCGGAUCUCAUUCUGGCGGCGAAAACCACUGUGUGGAUGACAGCUCAUUAAAGUUGAAAAGAGUUCACGUUCAGAGCUACACCAGUCUUUUUGCGGGAUAUGCGUCCGACUAUGAAACCGAUUCCGAAUAUGAUUCUGGCAGAGAAAGAAGCUCUGAAAGUGAUUGCUUUUCUGAUGAUGUCGACGCGGACGAUUCUGGAAGUGAUCUCGGAUAUUACGGUACCAACAACGUUUCGGAUAGGUCGGAAAACACGGAUAGCAUAGUUAUCGACAAAAAUACUAUUCGUGAGGAAUCUAUCAACAUGGUUGUUGAUGCCAAAAAUGAUUUGGACCACGACGAUAACCAGGUUUUCACGUUAGGAGUGUCGUCUGAUUCGGCUGCUAUACGAGACGAAUGGAACAAAAGAGAGUCAAAAGGGACUUUGAUUGCUCAUGUAGGCGAUGAGAUAUCGUUCAAGACUUUCCUUCCACUUGCCGAAGAAAACGAGCAGUUGACUGAAGAAGACGCUGCUAUCCAGUAUCAAAAGGUUUAUUGUACGUAGUAAAUGGGUUUUAGGGGGUAUUUAUGUUUUUAGGUCUCUUGGAUAGUGUAUGACCUAGGGUUUAGGGUUCAGCGUCUGCAUUUAGGGUUUAGGAUUCCGGUUUAUGGUUUCCAGGUUUUAGCGUUCAGGGUUUUGUUUUGUUUUUAAAAAAGAAAUAUUUAUAAAUAUCGUUUGAAUUCAGUG